AUAAUUUAAUAGAAUUUUUAAUUGCGAUUUUCCAAAGACCCAUUUCCGCUAGAUAGAUCUAUUACAAUUAAAAAUGUCUGAAUUGCAGGAAUUUAAUCAGGCGGCGGAGGAUGUAAAGAAUCUGAACACCACGCCCGGGGACAAUGACCUGCUGGAGCUUUACAGCCUGUACAAACAGGCCACCGUUGGCGAUUGCAAUACAGAUAAGCCCGGUUUCCUGGACUUCAAGGGCAAGGCCAAGUGGGAGGCUUGGAAUAACCGCAAGGGGCUGAGCAAUGCCGACGCCCAAACGGCCUAUGUAGCAAAGGUCAAGUCUCUGAUUGCCUCAGUCGGCCUUAAAUCCUAGAUAUAAUCUAUAACAAUGAUAUGGAUGGCUGCAUUUUAGAAUCUCAGUGGUCGUUAAACGCACAUACACUUUGAUUUUCGAGCUUUUCGCACAAAAAAUACACUCACUACCGUGUAA